CCAGAUUUUCCAAAACGGGCUCUCCCUGCCUUGACCCGCCCGAGUCCACUCGACUCCAACUCACUCUAAUUCUCAUGCAGCUCCUCCUCCUCCUCCUCCACCGCCUUCAUCUCCUUAUCCUUCACCGCCCCGCGCACGUUAGCCACCCAACCACCCUAUAAUCCUUUUCGUUUUUUUCUCUUAAUUAAUUUCUAGAAAAUUUUCAGAAUGAUGAGGCAGGAAAACCAUGGCGACGAAAUUUCCGACCUCCGCGAAUCCCAAGACGAGAUGGAAUCUCUGGUCCUCGACGAACCACCUUCAUCAUCCAACGGCCAGUCUUCUCCCUCCUCCUCCGCCGCCGCCGCCGCACCACCAUCAGCCGUCAUAGACCGCCAGACUUCUGCCUCGCAACACUUCAACUCCAUCCUCGAACCGCCGUCCUACGCCGACGCGAUCUUCACCUCGUUCGAUUCCUCCGCCUCCGCAUCCAACGGCCACGACAGUCCCAGGCCCGAAUCGGACCCUCCGGCCCGGUCCGAGUUCCUCAAGGUAUGGGUCUCCGACCCGCAGAAGGAGCUCGAGCUCUCGAACUCGCUCGUCCCGGGGGGGACGUCGUACUACACCUACUUGAUCACAACGCGGACCAAUAUGCCGGAGUACGGCGGGGACGGAUCGGAGUUCACGGUGCGGCGGCGGUUCAAGGACGUGGUGACGUUAUCGGACCGGUUGUCGGAGUCGUACCGCGGGUUCUUCAUCCCAAUCCGACCCGAUAAGAGCGUGGUGGAGAGCCAGGUGAUGCAAAUCGAGCAGUUCGUCGAGCAGAGAAGGGCGGCGUUGAGUAAGUACCUGAACAAGCUCGCGGCGCACCCGGCGAUCAGGAGGAGCGAGGAAUUGAGAGUGUUUUUGGUUGUCAAAGGGAAGCUGCCGUUGAUGAGGAGUGUGGAUGUGGCGUCGAGGAUGUUGGACGGGGCGGUGAGGCUGCCGAGGCAGUUGGUUGGUGAGGCGGUGGAUGCGAACGAGGCGGCGCAGCCGGCCAAGGGCGGGAGAGACUUGAUGAGGAUCUUCAGAGAGUUGAAGCAGUCUGUGGUGAAUGACUGGGGAGGUGUGAAGCCAAUGGUGGCGGAGGAGGAUAAGGAGUUCUUGGAGAAGAAGGAGAAGGUGGUGGAGUUUGAGCAACAGCUUAGCAAUAUGUCACAGCAGGCUGAGUUGCUAGUAAAAGCUCAGCAAGAUAUGGGAGAGACUAUGGGGGAAUUGGGUUUGGCGUUUGUGAAGCUGACCAAGCUUGAGACGGAAGGAGCCAUGUUCGAAUCUCAAACAACACGAGCCACUGACAUGAAAAAUGUGGCUACAGCAGCUGUUAAAUCUAGCCGAUUGUACCGGGAGUUAAAUGCACAAACUGUUAAACAUUUGGACAAACUCCAUGAAUAUCUUGGAGUAAUGUUAGCAGUCAACGGUGCGUUUUCAGACCGAACAAGCGCUUUACUAACGGUGCAAACUCUUUCAUCAGACUUGGUUUCCCUGCAGUCAAGGAUUGAGAAGCUUGAAGCUGCAGCAUCCAAAAUAUUUGGUGGAGACAGGUCCAGGAUGCGGAAAAUAGAGGAGUUAAAAGAAACUUUAAAAGUUAGUGAGGAAGCCAAAGCUUGUGCAGUUAAAGAGUAUGAAUGCAUCAAGGAAAAUAACAGGAAUGAACUUGAAAGGCUUGAUAGAGAGAGACAUGACGAUUUUAUGGGAAUGUUGAAAGGAUUUGUUCUUAAUCAGGCAGGUUAUGCAGAAAAGAUGGCAAAUGCAUGGGAGAAGCUUGCGGAAGAAACCAGUGGGUACGCAAAAGAUGGCAGCUGACACUUCUGCUGGAAAUUUUUGUGUUUAGGUUUUUAUUGUCAGUUCUCUACAUUGCAUGCAUGUACACUAGUAAAAAUUGACAGCCCAUUUGUGUUAUACCAAGAGCUUUCAUCCUAACCAAUUAAAAUAGGAUACUGAAGACUCCCAGCCCUUCUCUAAUCUUGUAUAUUUUAAGAAAGUUUUUAUGAGUUUGGUUUGAUCAAAA